CAUUUCCGCCGCGGCCAUAUUGGCACCAGCGCUUCCGGUCUUCAAGGGUAUCUCAGAAGACACCAGGCUAACAAAUCCAACAUGUUCAGGUUUGCGAAAGCCGCCGUCAACCUCAGCGGUCAGACGGCAAGGCAAGUUAGACACGGAUCCACCGCCCCCCAGGACUUCCACGCCAAGUAUGGCACCAGCAUGCUGCUUGGUGGGGUUGUCUUCUGCACAGCUGUGUGGGCCUUUGUGCUGACUCAGACUGGCAUCACCUGGAAUCUGUCACCUGUUGGCAAGAUCAUGCCCAAAAAGUGGCGGGAGCCUGAGGAAUAAAAAAAAAAAAUGUUUCACCCAUUCCGACUGUACAGAUGAACAAUAAAUAUCUGCUUGUGUGUAUUCCAA